AUGUCGUACCCGUACUACUGCGAGUUCUUCGUCAAAUUCCCCAACUACAUUCCUCCCAAGGACCCUGCAGAGAGGCUCGUUGAUCCCAGACAAAAGCUGGAGCCUGGGUGCACCGCCCGCUGCUCUCUUUGGGUCAACGAAUACGAUGCCUGCACCAAGCGUGUGAGAGCACGCACCGACAACAAAGGCAAUUGCUCCGGUCAAUAUGAAGAACUUCAUGUCUGCAUUGACAGAUGUGUUGCCAAAGACAUCUUCAAAUAUUUGAAGUGA